AUGUGUGAAUUUGCCACGGGGAAGCUUAUUGCUAGUGCUGGUCACAUCUUGGUUUCUUCCGAGAUGGAGUGCGAUGAGAUUUUAAAAGAAUUGCAGUUGGCAAACGAUCUUCAAGAUGCUUUUCCUCGCUUGGCUAAAGAGCGCAGUACGUGUCCGACAGGUCGAUAUGGCGGUAGUUUAGGAUCGUUUGGUCGUGGUGAGAUGGUUCCUGAAUUUGAUAACGUUGUAUUUGAUCAGCCUGUGGGUAACGUUCACAAAGUCAAGACGCAGUUUGGCUGGCACUUGGUGCUUGUAACAGACCGGUCAAGAAUACGUGACAGCAUGUCCAAAGAUUGGGACGAGCUGUAG